AUUUUUUCCUCUAUUUCUGAAAUAACUUUUUUUUCAGGGUAUAUGAACAUUUGCUUCUCUAUCCUUAAACUUCCUGGAUAUUGGGAUUUGCUUCCGUGAAACCGAUCUCACUCCCAUAUGAGAGUGAGGCAAGCAAGCGGCAUGGGGUGCAAUAUUUAAGGAGUACUGUCAGGGAUGUGCCUUCCUAAAUUUUGCUCCCUAGCUGCCUCACCUGCCUCGCCCUAUUCCCAGCCGUGUUCCCAGUCUCUCCAUUCCAACUAGAUAAACUUAAGCCUUCCCCAAGUGCACCUUCUAGUUGUAGCCAGUGUUCAUAUAUCGAUUGGGUGUAUCAUACAUCAUCUCCUUUCUCAGUCUUCUCACAAAAGUACUGCUAGAACAGAAAGAAAAGUACUGCUUGAUUUAAAUGGAAAUACAUAACUUGAAUGAAUCUACCUUGUCUUGACACUGAUUUGAGAUCUAAGUUGUGAACCUAGUUUUUGCAGUGAUGUGAUGGGAUGUAGAAUUGGUAGAUCACAUUAUUAGUUUGUGGGAAGAUGUCCUGUUUUGUGAGGUUUUCAGGAUGUAGAUUUGAUUGCAGACUUGUAUAGAAACCAGGUUUUGUGUUCGUUCUAUUUUAUCCAUGUCUGUCAGGAAUUCCUACACUGGAAUUGCUAACAAUUCACUGGAAUUGUGGCCUUCCAGUGAAAACCUUUCCAGAAGACCUUUCCGGUAUUCCAAUGCUAUAAAAUAAGAUUUAUUCUUUUUAGUUUCUUCUAACUUUUAAUAUGUGGGUGCAAGAGAAGGAAAUACAUAGGCUAGUCUACUCUUGAAAUAUUCUACUUUUGAAUCAAAGGUGCUUUGUCCUGUUUUUUAUAUCUUUCUUUCAGAAAAUUUCUCUUCAUCUACCAUCCUUUAAAAUAUUGGUUUUCCCCAGAUGCUAAUUGGUCCUAUUCUCUUCAGUCUUUUUUUCUGUAUGCACAAAUCAGAUUCACUCUCAAGGCUACACUUAUCGAUUCUAGUGACUCUCAGAAACUUCUCUUUAUUCUAGAUCUCUGUCGAGAGUGUCAGAACAACAUGUUCAACCUCCAGUAGCUAUCACUACUUGUAUGUUCCAUAGACACUUCAAGUACAUUUCCAAGAUUUAUCUCUUUACCUCCUUUGGUUCAGCCUAUUCUUUCUGCCAUUUCUCAUUUCUAUUUUCUAGUCCCAACACUCACACACUUGCCUAUGCAGAUAUCCCAAGAGCUAUGCAUCUCAUUUUUCUACCCUACAACAUUUAUGACCAAUUCUGUUGUACUUAUCAUGUAGGAACCAGUUGUCCUCUGUCAGCCCAUUAAUAUCACCUCAUCUAGGCAGCAUGUCUUACAGUGGUUACUUAAUUGUCCUUCUCAUUUAAGACACCUUAAGCCUUCUCCAGUCUUCAAGAGUAUUGCCUCUAAAGUACAAGUUUUAUCAUAUAAUGUGUAUUAUGUUUCUUCAUGUUAUUUUAAAUCCUUAAAGCAGCGUACCCAAAGUGGGGCAUGCAUCACAGUGGAAGACAACAUAUUGGAAGGAAAGAAAAUAGUAACAGUUCACACUCAAGAGCAGUAAUCAUUAACAAUUUGGAUUGUUGCUUACUAAUGAUUUAUAAAUAACUACAAUAUGUUGGGAAUGUGCUCAGCAUAUUUUUAAUACCACUGCUCUGUAGGAACAAAAUCCAGUAGUAUUCUAUAAUAUGCCCACUCCAUAUUACCUUUUCCUUUUUAGAGCUCAACCACUGUUUCAUAACAUACUGUGCCUUUUGCUGUUUUCUGAAUUUACUAACUGGUUUUCUUCUCCCCAUGAAUUUUUAAAAGCUGAUGCCCUGUAUUCCUACCAAACAAAUUCAUUGUGAGUACAAAAUUUUUAUGUCCUCAAUGAAGCCUUGGAGUACAAAAUGAAAUUUUUCUUUGCUUUCAGAUACUUUCCCAUGUAUGUAUUUCUGUCAUUGUACCUGUAAUACUGAUUGAGUGCAUGUAUUUACAUGUAUGACUCUCUCUUAGCCUGUAACUUCUCAUGAGCAGGGUCAGAGUUUUAUUCAUUUUGAUCUGCCAGGCAGCCAGUCACAUUCAGGACAAAUAGUGUGAGCUCAGUAUGUAUUUUUAGUAUGAGAUAAUAAGUAAAUACAGGUGAAUGUAUUUUCAGAGAGCAUUUUCUACAACAUAAAACACAAAGUGAGAAAACUAGUCUGACCACUGAAUGUUGUCAGAAGUAGGUCUCCAGUAUGUAGUUCUCACCCAUUUCCAAUCACUUCAGGAUGAACUAGAGUAUGCCCUUACAGGGAUCAGUGUCAUUCAAGGAUGUGACUGUGGACUUCACCCAGGAGGAGUGGCAGCAACUGGACCCUGCUCAGAAGGCCCUUUACAGGGACGUGAUGUUGGAAAACUACUGCCACUUCAUCUCUGUGGGGUUUCACAUGACUAAGCCUGACACGAUCCGCAAGUUGGAACAAGGAGAAGAGCUAUGGACAGAAAGAAUUUUUCCAAGUCAGAGCUUCCUAGAAAAUUGGAAUGCUGAAGAUGUUUUAGUGAAGUUCAGAGAAUACCAAGACAAGCAUUCUAGAUCCAUCAUAUUCAUCAACCACAAAAAACUGAUUAAGGAGAGAAGUAAUAUUUAUGGGAAAACAUUUACUUUAGGCAAGAACCAUACUAUUUCAAAAACAACACUAUGUGAAUAUAAACCUAAUAGAAAGAUAUUGAAAAAUAUUUCACAAUUAGUAAUUAGAAAUAUAAGCCCUGUAAAACAGAAGUUUGAUGAGACUAAUGGAUGGGAAAAAUCACUCCUCAGUACUAAGCAUGAGAAAAUUCAUCCUGCAGUGAGUCUCCAUAAACAAACAGAAAGGGAUCUCAGUGGUAAACAGGAGCUUAUUCAACAUCAGAAGGUUCAAACUCCAGAGAAGCCAUUUGAACAUAAUGAUUGCGAAAAAUCCUUCCUUAUGAAAGGAAUGUUAUUUACACAUACUAGAGCUCACAGAGGAGAAGGAACCUUUGAAUACAAUAAAAAUGGAAUUACCUUCAUAGAAAAGGCAAAUCUCAGUGUCCCUCCACAUAAUCUUAUGGAAAAGAAGCCCUCUGUAUAUAACAAAUAUGGGAAAUUCCUGUACAGAAAGCCUGUUUUUAUUAUGCAUCAGAGAGCUCAAAUAGAAGAGAAACCUUUUCAAUGUCUUUACUGUGGGAAUGGCUUUAGAAGGAAAUCAUACCUCAUUGAACAUCAACGAAUUCACACAGGUGAGAAACCUUAUGUUUGCAAUCAGUGUGGAAAGGCCUUCCGUCAGAAGACAGCCCUCACUCUUCAUGAAAAAACACAUAUAGAGGGGAAACCCUAUAUUUGUAUUGAUUGUGGGAAGUCUUUCCGCCAGAAGGCAACCCUCACUAGACAUCACAAGACACAUACGGGGGAGAAAGCCUAUGAAUGUACUCAGUGUGGAAGUGCCUUUAGAAAGAAGUCAUACCUCACCGAUCAUCAGAGAACUCACACAGGAGAGAAACCAUAUCAGUGUAAUGAGUGUGGGAAGGCAUUUAUCCAGAAGACAACCCUCACUGUACAUAAGAGGACUCACACAGGAGAGAAACCCUACAUUUGUAAUGAAUGCGGGAAGUCCUUCUGCCAAAAGACAACCCUCACUCUCCAUCAGAGAAUUCACACAGGGGAAAAACCAUAUAUUUGUAAUCAAUGUGGGAAGUCUUUCCGCCAGAAGGCAAUCCUCACUGUUCAUCAGAGAAUACAUACAGGAGAGAAGUCCAAUGGAUGCCCUCAAUGUGGCAAAGCCUUUAGUAGGAAAUCAAACCUCAUUCGCCAUCAGAAAACUCACACAGGAGAGAAACCAUAUGAAUGUAAAGAAUGUGGGAAGUUCUUUAGUUGUAAGUCAAACCUCAUGGUCCAUCAGAAAACCCACAAGGUAGAAACCAUGGGAGUUCAGUAAAUGAUGUGACUUUUUUUUGUAAAAUCUUUUUACGUCAUAGUAAACCCUGUACUUGAUGUUGCUUACAAGUGUAAUACUAUUCAACAGUUUAAAGUACUAUUUAUCUCCUGUUUGCCCGCCUAUAAAACAACACACACAAAAUAUAUUAGACAGAUUAAAUGACAAAAAUCAUUGAAAAUAAAACCCCCAAAUUUUAUUAUUAGAUUCAAUAGACAAAAACUUCUACUGUCAAAUUGCUGUAAACAUUUUAAAUUGCUUGUUUUCAAUUUCCAUAUGUAACUUUUUGUGAACCAGUAAUAAGCAGUUGGCCAACUGGCAGUGGUCCAUAGACAACACUGUGGAUAGAACUGCUUUAAAAGAAAGGAGAUGUGAACUAUAUUUCUCAUUGCAAAUAUGAAAUAAAAAUUAUUUGUUACCUCCUCAAAGUUAACCACAGUUCUGACUUCUAAAACUAUAAAUUAGUUUUUGCAUAUUAUAAAUCUUUAUAUAAACUGGACUAUAUGAGUAUUAUGUAUUUUUACAUAUACAGCUUGUUUUCAACAUUAUGUCUCUAAGUCUAAUCAUUAGUGCAUGUGGCAGAAAUUCAUUUUCAUUUUACAUAGAAUUCCGUUAUACGUUAUCACAAUUUAUCCAUUCUACUGUUGAUAGACUUGUACAUUGUUUACACUUAGGGUCAUAAUAAAUAAUGCUUAUGAGAACAUA